AUGAUUCUGGCGGUAGAAGAGACGCAUCGCCUGAAUUUCAUUCACAGGGACAUUAAACCUGAGAACUUUCUACUGACAUCGUCUGGCCACAUUAAGAUUUCCGAUUUCGGCCUCGCUUUUGAUGGUCACUGGACGCACGACUGGUCCUAUUUCAACUGGCAUCGAUAUUCCUUAGUCCGCAAGCUGGGAAUACAUGUUGAUGGAGAUACACAGGACCAGCGAGAUAGCAGAACUGCUAAAGGCCAACUUCACAAGAUCAAAAGCCUAUCGGCCGGGUCAGAACGUCACGAGAGCAAACCUGUAGGAACAGACGAAGAUUUGACUCAGAGCAUUGGCAUCAUCCUCUACGAGUGUGUUUUUGGUUUCACUCCCUUUGCGGCUGCGCAUCGCGAAGAUAUCAAAGAGCAGAUUCUGAAUCACAAGACGACAUUUCGUUUAGCUGACAGCCCAAUGAUUACAGGUUGGUGCAGCGAUUUCCUUUGCCGACUGCUCCGAGACAAAGAAACCAGGCUAUCCUGCAAAAAGUAUCAGAUUCAGGAUCAAACUGCUGUCCAUCCGGCUAUCAAGCUACACAUGCAUGGCCGUCAUGUCUACCCGGAUGAUGCCAAUGAAAUCAAGGGCCAUGGAUGGUUCCAGGGAAUUCCUUGGCAUAAUAUGUUGAGUUUACGGCCUCCCUUCCAGCCGAGAAUCGACGGGCCAGAUGACACAAGAUAUUUUGAAAGUACGGAUCCAGUAUGCGAUUGGAGCGAUUCAACUACACCAGGUAGCCCGGAUGCCGUGGAUGUAUUUGCUGUCUUGUCUGAUUAUCGGCCGUUGGUUCAAGAGAUGGGGUUGCAGCUAAUAUCGAAGCCACACAGUUCAAGUAGUAUGCGCAAGAUUGAAGAGAGAAUCGAUUGCAAUUCACAGCUAUCUAGUCAUGAAAAGGACAUUCUGAAGCACUUUAUACGAGUGUAUGGAAAGAAGCCGCGAAAGCGAGCACGAGACCUGCUGCUCCGAGACGCAGAUACCAAGGACGCAGUCAUGGAGAUGAGGAAGAGCAAGGCAUUUCUGGGCUACACUUGGCACAGAAUUAGACCUAGGGAAUAUCACUCAGGCCAAUGGAUAAGAUUAGGAUAG